UUUCGGGGUGAGCUGCUGAAUCAGAGGUGGACCUGCGGAGAGAAGAUCAGCAGCUGCAAGGGAGCCGCCAGCCUGCACGGCACACGCAUCAAGAUGAGUUUAGAGAAUGAUGACAAGAGAGCACGCACGCGAUCGAAGUCUAUCAGAGUGCCCACGGAGCUCAUCGGCCAGGAGGUGAGCUGUCCAACCCCAGGCUGUAACGGCUCAGGACACAUCCGUGGGAAGUAUGCAAGACACAGAAGUUUACAAAGCUGUCCUCUAGCCAAGAAGAGGAAACUUCAGGAUGCGGAGGCCGAGCAUCUGGUUUCAAAGAGAAAAUCCCAUCCUCUCAAGCUGGCCCUGGACGAAGGCUACAACGUGGACAGUGAUGGCAGCGAGGAGGCCGAGGCCAAGGAGGAGUCUGGCUCCGACGAGUCCGAGGGGACGCUGGAGGAGGACGAGGCGGUGGAGCAGGAGGAGACCCCCAGCCCUGAGCCAGCAGAAGAGAGAAGCCCAGCAAAACCAACCCAUUAUGGACAAAACCCAGCAACAAGUACGUCUGGGCCCAGCAAGGCCAACUAUAGCAGCUACCAAGAAAUAAUCGCCAACUCUCUCCUCAACCUAGGCCAAAUAGCGGAGGAGACCCUCGCCAUCGAAGGGCAGCUGCCUGAAGCUGAGCUGCAGGUCUCCAAACCUCCAUCCAACGUCGUGCACUUGGUCCACGAGGACGUGGGAGAGGAGUUAGUGGAGGAGGAGUGUGACAAGGAGAUCAUCAUCCAGACGGAGGACGCGGAGGAGGUCAUCGAGGUCACCAGUGAACGAAGCAGCGAGCCGUGCCCGGAGCACCGGGACGAGGUGAGCUGUAAGGAGUCCUGCAAACUGCAAAAGGCUGAAGCAGAAGAGGAGGAGGACGAUGAGGAGGAGGAUGAAGAAGAGGAGGAAGAAGAGGAGGAGGAGGAUGAGGAGGAGGAAGAGGAAGAGGAGGAGGAGGAUGAAGAGGAGGAGGAGAUGGCUCCUGAAGUGAUCUGCGAAGAAGCUCCUCACACUUCUCAGGACACCCAGAAAAGCCACUGUGAAGGGCAGUUCAGCCCAAAGCCUGAGUACUCGGUCAUCGUGGAGGUGAGGUCGGACGACGACAAGGACGACGACGCCCGCUCCCAAAAAUCGGCGGUGACCGACGAGUCCGAGAUGUACGACAUGAUGACGAGGGGCAACCUGGGGCUGCUGGAACAAGCCAUCGCCCUCAAGGCUGAGCAGGUGAAGAUCGUGCGGGAGCCCAGCCGCCUGCCAGGAGAGCACGUCAAGCACUUCCAGGUGGACGAGAAACAGAACAAACCUCUGGACAGCAUCCGGAAGAGCUACUACGGCAAAGAUCCCUCGAGACCUGAGAAGAGAGAAAUCAAAUGUCCCACCCCUGGCUGCGACGGGACCGGCCACGUCACGGGACUCUACCCCCACCACCGCAGCCUCUCGGGUUGUCCACACAAAGACAGGAUCCCUCCCGAGAUCUUGGCGAUGCACGAGAACGUGUUGAAAUGCCCCACGCCCGGCUGCACAGGACAGGGUCACGUCAACAGCAACCGCAACACGCACAGGAGUUUAUCUGGGUGCCCCAUUGCUGCUGCUGAAAAAUUAGCCAAAUCACACGAAAAGCAACAAACCCAGUCUGGUGACCCCUCGAAGACCAGCUCCAAUUCUGACCGGAUCCUCAGGCCUAUGUGCUUUGUGAAGCAACUGGAGAUCCCUCAGUACGGAAGCUACCGGCCCAACAUGGUCCCAGCAACCCCCCGGGCCAACCUGGCCAAGGAGCUGGAGAAGUACUCCAAGGUCACCUUCGAUUAUGCAAGUUUUGAUGCUCAGGUUUUUGGCAAACGCAUGCUUGCCCCAAAGAUUCAGACUAGCGAAACCUCACCUAAAGCCUUUAAAU